CCAAUCUCUCUCUCUCUCUCUCUCAAUACAAGCACAGUCUAAAGCCACUAGAGCCAUGUACAGAUCUCCAACAUUCAAGACCUCAUAUUUGUUCAUCCUGCAAAUUCUCAUUGCAAAUACCAUCAAAUGAAACCCUAGCUUUCCAAAGAAAAAGCACAAGUACUGCCACGCCUGUUUUCCCUUUUCUUUCUUCUCUUGAUGUAUCAGAAUCAGACAUUCCAUGCAAGUUGAAGUGAAAAAAGCCCUUGUUUUUUAUUUUUAUUUUUAUCAUAUCAUCAAUUUUAACAACUAGCUAUGAGAGCAGAACUAAGAGAUAACAAUACACCAAUUUCUUUUCAAAACCCUAAUCUAUUCCCUCAAAGUUCUCUAUCAGGUGCACUCAAAGGGUGUCUUGGCAACCUCGAUGGAGCAUGCAUAGAGAAGCUUCUACUCCACUGUGCAAGUGCCCUAGAGAGCAACGAUGCGACUUUGGUUCAACAAGUCAUGUGGGUACUCAACAAUGUUGCUUCCACUGUAGGUGACCCUAACCAGAGGCUCACUUCAUGGUUUUCAAGGGCACUCAUAGCUAAGGCAUCUAGGGUUUUUCCCACAGCCAUGAAUUUUAAUGGCAGCAGUACCGUCCAUAGGAGGAUGAUGUCUGUGAUUGAGCUUGCUGGGUAUGUUGAUCUAAUCCCUUGGCACAGGUUUGGAUUUUGCGCAUCAAAUAGUGCCAUAUUUAUUGCAAUUCAAGGGUGUUCAAAAGUUCACGUAUUAGAUUUUAGCAUCACUCAUUGUAUGCAAUGGCCUACUCUUAUAGAUGCGUUGGCAAAGAGGCCAGAAGGGCCUCCUUCUCUUCGAAUUUCGGUGCCUUAUUGGAGGCCUCAAGUCCCCCCUUUCCUUAAUGUGUCAAUGGAAGAAGUUGGUCUCCGUUUGGCAAAUUUUGCCAAGCUUAUAGACCUUCCCUUUGAAUUCAAUGUUAUUGAAGACUUAUCUUCAUCUAAAGAAUGCCCAAACUUUGACUAUGAUUCACUCUUAAGUCAAUUGAAUAGAUUGACCUUAAACCUUAGGGAUGAUGAAGCUUUGGUCAUCAAUUGCCAACAUUGGCUGCGUUAUUUACCCGAUGAUAAAAAGGGGAGUGUUCAUGGUGAUUCAUGGCGCAAUGCUUUCCUUGAAACAAUUAAAGUUCUUAAUCCUAGGAUUAUUGUCAUGGUUGAUGAGGACUCUGAUUUGGGGACAAUGAGUUUCACCUCGAGGAUUACCACUUGCUUCAAUUACCUAUGGAUACCAUUUGAUGCAUUGGAAACUUUCUUGCCUAAGGAUAGUGGACAAAGAUUAGAUUAUGAAGCUGAUAUUGGUCAUAAAAUUGAAAACAUUAUCGGUUUUGAAGGGAUUCAAAGGAUAGAGAGGUUAGAAUCUGGAAUUAAUUUGAGUCAACGAAUGAAGAACAAGGGAUAUUCGAGUCUGCCUUUUUGUGAAGAGACUAUUGGGGAAGUUAACUCCUUGCUAGAGGAACAUGCUAGUGGUUGGGGAAUGAAGAAAGACGAUGAUAUGUUGGUGCUCACAUGGAAAGGUCACAACUCAGUGUAUGCCUCAGCUUGGGUCCCAUGUGGGUUUGAGGAUUGAGGUAGUUGUGGACUCAAAGUGUCCUAAAGUGUACAAAUUAGGAAAAUUCUCACAUGUGAUCGUCACAUGAGUGUAAAUCUUAUGUGCACAAAUGUUAAAAUCACAGUGGUCGUUACAUUAUACUAUCUGACAAUUGCGAAAAAUAAUUUCUCAAUUAUGUUUGAGCCUACCAAUGCCAUGCAUGAGAUGGGCUUUCUAUCUUUGGAGUGGUCCAGGUUAAGAGCAUUGACAAAAUACUGUUCUCUGUUUUUUUAUUUUUAUUUUAUUUUUAAUGGUUUUUCAAAACGCUGCAAUGAGAAGAAGACAAGAAGGAAAAGGGAGAGGAAAUUGAGAAUGGAUUCAUGCUACCUUUGUGUUCGGGCUCUAGCUAUAUGGUUAGAUGAAAAAGCAAAGAGAGAAAUAUACAUAUUGUCUUCAUAUG